GCAGAUCGGCGAGCUCGUGGAGGCGACGCAGUCGUUCAGCCAGCAGGUCCAGCACGCGCAGAAGGAGUCGGACCAGGAAUCCGAGCUCAUCGCCAACUGCCACGAGGCCGCGAGGCAGGAGCGCGAGCAGCAGCUGCGCCAGAAGGGAGCGGCCCAGGCCAAGCGGCAAUCUGCGCUAUGCGAUCAGGCCCGAGCGUCGAAGGCAGCCGCCACCAAGCAGGACGGGCUGUCUGCGUCGGCCAGCGGCCGCGCCAAGGCCGGGGAGGAAGCGCGCGGGAAGCUCCAGCGCGAGGAGCAGGCCCCCCGCCACGCCCGCGGCGACUCGGCAGGAGUCUGCAGGAGCGGAGAGGCGGCGCCUAGCCAGGGCGAAG